AUGAGUAGGGCAUCUUUGGAAAAAACCCACGCCGACCUCGAAGUGGUCGACAACGAGAAAAUUGCGCAGGCGCAACUGAAGUUGGAGCAUCUGUACACGAAAUGGGAAGCAGCAAAGUUGUAUCCCCGAGCAUGCAUCUACAUUGCCAUCAUGGUGUGGGCCAUGAUCACUGUCGGAUACGAGAACCAGGCUGGAGGUAUUGUCAUCUCCAUCCCCACCUUCAGAAAAGACUUUGGCCACGCCUACAAAGAGGAGUACGUUUUAGAUGGAAACUGGCAGUCUGCCAUUUCGGGCGGGCCCUAUGCGGCCUUUGUGUUUGGCUCUUUCAUCUCUUCGGCACUUAUUGACCGUGUGGGCCGUAAGUACUUGGUCUGGGUUGCUGUGGCCUUGACGUUUGCCUUCAUUGGUAUCGAGUACGCUGCCACCUCCAUCAAAGUGUUCUUCAUCGGAAAGUUCUUGAACGCCAUCUGCUUGGGUGUCAUCCAAACACUGGGUGCGUCUUAUAUUGCAGAGUUGACCCCAUUGGCCUUGAGAGGUAUAGCCACAACAUGUGCCAAUUUGGCCAUGUGUGUGGGUCCAUUUGUUUGCACGAUCAUCACAAACGAGACGGCGGGACGGCUGGACCGGUCCGCAUAUCGUGCUAUUUUCUGCUCCCAGUGGGCUUUUGCAGGCAGCACCAUUGUGUUUUUCUGGUUUCUUCCAGAGUCUCCAUACCACUUUGCAUUAAAGAACAACGACGAAAAGGCCUUGCGCUGUCUUCGCAAAAUCUACACUCAGCCCGGAAUGCCCGAGGCCCAGUUGCAAAUCAUCAAGGCCAACAUCGAGGAGGCAAGAACCUUGGCUGCUGCUGGUUCUUACAAGGAGCUUGUUGACAAGAAGAACAGAAAGAGAACUAUGGUGGCAAUUUCCGCCUUUGUAUUCCAACCAAUGGUUGGUUUGGCCUACGUCUCCUCUUAUCAAACAUACUACUAUCAACUUGCUGGCUUCAAUGUUCAUCGGUCUUUCCAAAUCAGUGUCGGUGCUCAAGCUCUUUCCGUUUCAGGAACCAUCGUGUCGUUCUUCAUUGUUGAUCGUUUCGGAAGACGUUUCGUGGCUAUCUCCGGUAUGAUUACCUUGGGCAUCUUGAACGUGUUUACUGCUGCGCUCAGUAUACCAAAGGCUCACAGUUACGUCACUGGAGCUGCUGCAUUCUUGACCAUGUACAACUUCUUCUACAAUUCCGGAAUUGGAUCCAUUUCGUAUGUCAUCAACACAGAAGUGCCAACUUCAAGUUUGAGAGCAAAAGCAGUCUCUGUUGGUGUUUGCAUCAACUAUUCCUUGAUGUGCAUGUGGUCCUUUGUACUUCCUUACAUGGUGAACCCUGACCAACUCAACAUGGGUGGAACAAUCAACUUCAUUUUUGCCGGGUGCUGUGUUGCUGCUCUCCUCUUUUUUUACCUCUACUUGCCUGAAACCUCCGGUCGUUCUUAUGAUGAAAUCGACGAGAUGUACAAAGCAGGUGUUCCUCCUCGCAAGUGGAAAGAGUAUAAGACUAUUUCUACAGGUGGCACCACUGGCGAUUCAAAUAGUACUGCCGAAUCAAACGAAAUUGAGUCUACCGGGAAAGUGGAAGUGACCUACGUGGAGAGAAUCUGA